AUGGCUCCAGACCUCGCAGAGGUGCUGGCAUUGUUCGGUCACCGGUGCAACAUGUCCAACACAAGGUGUGGCCAAAGCUGCCAUGUUGUGUUUUCAGACCCAGCCGUGCGACAACUGUGCUUUGACCGAUUGACAACAUUUGACAACAUGAGACACCAUCCGCAAGUUCCUGCGGAAUCCCUGCUCUACAAAAGCGGCUUCGGCGGUGGCCUGUGCGAGGAGCUCCUGGCAGAGAACAAGCGGAGGGUCGCCGAGGCAGAGGCCUCGAGCCCAUUGCGCAGCCGACGCGAUGCCACCGAAAAGGAGAUGGAGGCAUUGCAGCGAAGUAUUGAGAAACUUUCUGCAAAGAAGACAUCCAUUGCAGCUGACGUUGACGAGCAGCGGCGAGCGGAGGGUGCCAGCAACGCUCGCGAGGCUGCGAGUCGAGGGGAGCUGUCCCAGGCUCUGAAGGCGAGGCAAGACCUGGCUGCGGCGCUGACCGGCGCAGAAGACAAACAAGCUGCUCUGGAGAAGCAAAUCCGCUCGAUGGUCAGCCGCGACGUCCUCACCAGCGCGGUGGAGGAGGCAGAGCGACUGCAAGAGCAGUUGCUGACCCAAGAGGCCGAGGCGGCGCGGCUUCGGCAAGCCCUGGCAGACUCCUGGGCUGCGCGGGCGGCGGAAGGCCUGCAGAUGGAGGAAGAGGAAAAGGAGCUGGAUGAUGCGUGCCAGAAGGAGAAGGAGUGGCUGGCGCAAGUCCAGCAGGAGGCCAACUCCGAGUUUCUCCGCCUGCAGCAGCAAGAGAAAGCAGAGGCUGCGUUGAGUGCUCGCCUGAAGAAAGUCUCCGAGGAGAAGGCUGAGCUCCAGUCUGCACGUGUGGAUUUUGAAGAUGCAGGCAGCGCUCUGCGCGAAGCCAUCGCAUCGCAGUCCGAGGGCUUCGUGCGACGUGUUGGGGGGCUGGAAAACGCCCGGCGAUCAGCCGAUCAAGAUCGGGUGAAGCUGAUUCAGGAGUGUGCCGAUAUGCAGGCUCGCUUGGAUUCCUUGGCACCGGAGCUUGAGGGCCUUGGUGACGUGGAGGGCCGUCAUGCCUCCCUUGAGGCGGCACAGGCGGUCCUCAGCCAGCAGAGCGAGCGGCUCCGUGACAUGAAUGCCGCCUUGGGAGUACAGCUGUUGGCUGACAAAGGUGGCGACACGGGCAAUCUGGAGCCGGUGGCCGAGGCCGUCUUCCGGGCUGUGCAGCUGCAGCAAAAGCUCCAAGAGCGACAAGAGGCUCACGACCGCGAGCGACAGAACCUGGCUUCCAAGAUUCGUGAGUUGGAGCGUGGUGGGAUCCACCAGUACGAACGCCCGGAAGCCGGCAAAGUACCACAGGUACCACCCUCCGCACCAGGAGCUUUGGCGUCUGCCACCUCUGCCCUGAGGGGCGGGCUUGGCCGAAUGCUGAACAAGGUGUGA